AUGGAGAACCUGUACCCGAAUCUUCACGAAAAAUUCAAGAGCGAAGGUGUGUGCCCUAUUUGCAUGAUGGAGAUAAGUAGUUCAUCCAAAUACUCGUGCACAAAUGGACACAUUAUUUGUCACCGGUGUAAGCCUUAUUACCACUGUUGCCCAACAUGUCGAUCAGAACUGAAUAUUGACACGUCAUCUCAAGAAUUCACCCAUGAAUUUCACAUGCCACCAGCUAUGCACUACAUGCCACAUCCUUAUCCAGCAUAUCCUCCCAACCCGAGGCCAUCUGCACCAUUUAUUGAUAACGAACGUCAUCAUUGGAGCCCUCCACCUCCAACGGAAGACCAAGAACUUCUUCCUUGUCAAUAUUCAUAUCUGGGCUGCUACGCCAAUAUUCCCGAGCACCUCAGAGAUUUACAUGAAUCAAGAUGCCAAUUUCGUCCGUAUCUAGAAGAAGAACAUCUUCCGACUGACCUAAAUACAGAAGAGGGUGAGUUGGAAAGCUGUAGAUACAGCGUUGUCGGCUGCAACGUAAGAUUGCCAGAAUGGCGAAAGCAAGUGCAUGAAAACUUGUGUAUAUACAAAGAUCGACUGGAUGCGCUGGAUGACAUCCAGCGUGACUUUGAUUCCUUUCAUUUUGAAGAUGGUGAUCCUGAAGAAAUGGUUGAGUGCAAGUUUAAUCGGUACGGUUGCAUGGUGAAGAUGCCGAGACGCAGGAAGGAUAUGCAUCAAAUGAAAUGCAACUAUCGGAAGUAUCAUAACGAAAAUGACGAUGAAGAUUUUCCUGAGUGCAGUAUAAGCUGCGCUGAACCUGAAGUUGAUCCUGAUUCACAUGUUCCCUGUCGGUGGGCUGUUUAUGGGUGCCAAGUUGAACCACGGUAUUGCAGGAAACUGACUCAUGAAGAAAAAUGCAACUAUCGUAGAGAGAAAUGCAGAUUUGCUGAGCACGGUUGUGUAGAAAUGGUGGAACCGUGUAAGCGACAUCUUCAUGAAUCAAGUUGUAGUUACGCAUAG